AUGCUCUAUCCGAGAGAGGAUAAGGAGGAUAGAAAGCUGCUGUUUGCAUGCCGAAACUGUCCGUACACGGAGUUUGCAUCCACUCCUCUGGUGUUCAAGCAUCAGCUGAUCACCAACAUUGAGGAGACGGCCGGAGUGACAACCGGUAUUGGAGCAGAUCCCACUCUGCCUCGAUCCGACAAGGAGUGUCCCAAGUGUCACGAGCACGAUGUGGUCUUCUUCCAGUCGCAACAGAAGCGUGCGGAGACCACCAUGAUUCUGUUUUUUGUCUGCAACAACUGCAACAACAUUUUCCGGUCUUAG